ACAGAGAAGCACAUGAUUAUGUAAAACAUUAAAAAUGGUGGCGGUGAGGGUGACAAGGACGAAAUCAUCGGUUUCUUCUUCGCCACCGUGUGUCGUUGUCAUUGUUUUCAUAGCUUUGGUUUUGAGCUCGGCGGAUUUGUGUGAUGGCGGGAAGACCAGCAUCUAUGCCAGGAAACCGGAGAAAACCGGUGACAUGCCUCUUCACAGCGAUGUUUUCCGGGUUCCCUCCGGUCACAAUGCGCCCCAACAGGUGCACAUAACACAAGGCGACCAUGUGGGGAAAGCUGUGAUUGUUUCAUGGGUGACCCAGGAUGAACCCGGUUCAAAUACAGUGGUUUACUGGAAAGAAAACAGCAAUGAAAAGAGAAGGGCAGAGGGGAAAGUCAAGACUUAUAAGUUCCAUAAGUACACCUCUGGUUACAUUCAUCACUGCAUCAUUAGAAAUUUGGAGUACAAUACCAAAUAUUACUAUGAGAUUGGUGAUGGUGAUUCGAAGCGAAAAUUCUGGUUUACAACCCCUCCAGUAGGUCCCAACGCUCCAUACACAUUUGGUAUCAUUGGGGAUCUCGGGCAGACUUUUGAUUCGAAUAGCACAAUUACUCACUAUGAACAAAACCCGAGGAAAGGUCAGACGGUAUUGUAUGUUGGGGAUCUUUCAUAUGCAGAUAUAUAUCCGAAUCAUGAUAAUGUAAGAUGGGAUACAUGGGGAAGGCUUAUUGAGAGAAGUGUUGCAUAUCAACCAUGGAUAUGGACUGCUGGAAACCAUGAAAUCGACUUAGCCCCUGAACUUGGCGAAACGGAGCCUUUUAAGCCUUACACAUAUCGUUAUCCAGUUCCUUACCUAGCAUCAAAAAGUACUACUCCCUUCUGGUACUCGAUCAAGAGAGCUUCAGCAUACAUCAUAGUCUUGUCUUCAUACUCGGCCUAUGGUAAAGAAUAUACUCCUCAGUACCAAUGGCUUCAACAGGAGCUACCAAAAGUUAACAGGAGAGAAACACCGUGGUUAAUCGUUCUUAUGCAUGCCCCAUGGUAUAAUAGCUUCAACUACCCUUUCAUGGAAGGAGAAACCAUGAGAGUAGUAUAUGAACCCUGGUUUGUGAAGUAUAAAGUUGAUAUCGUAUUUUCCGGUCAUGUCCAUGCCUAUGAACGAUCUGAACGUGUAUCGGACAUCGCAUCAAAUGUCGUUAAGGGUAUUUACACUACCGUGAAGGAUAAAUCGGCACCUGUGUACAUAACAGUCGGUGAUGGAGGGAACGUGGAUGGCUUAGCAUCCAACAUGAUUGAGCCACAACCGGCAUACUCAGCGUAUCGAGAAUCCAGUUACGGUCAUGCUGUUCUCGAUAUCAAGAACAGGACUCAUGCCUAUUAUAGUUGGCACCGCAACAAUGAAGGAAACCCUGUCGAAGCCGAUACAAUGUGGUUUUUCAACAGAUUCUGGCAUCCUGUUGAUGAGUCUUCUGCUUCUCAAUGAGCAAAAUAUGAUGUUCUCCAUUUUUUUCUAAAAG